AUGACUCCAGUCAGAGCCCCCAGGGCAAAGUAUACGCUAGUUGGAGAAGCUAUACGUCAUGUCAUCCCUGCAGGUUUGCAAUGCUCAAUUGGCUGUGGAGGACAAUCCUGCAAGUAUGACAACCCAAGUUACUGGAAAGAUGACCAACAGGCCAUUAAAGGCCUCUACUCAUCAUGGGUUAGCGAUUAUCUUCUUGCUAUGUCCAGACCGUCAACAGAAACUAUUGAGAAAUACAAAAUCAUUGAUCAAUUCAAAAGGAAUGGUAUUAAAACAGUGAUGAACCUACAGAUACCUGGUGAACAUGCCAGCUGCGGAAAUCCUCUAGAGCCGGAGAGCGGCUUUUCCUACCGCCCAGAGAUCUUCAUGGCAAACGACAUUUAUUUCUACAAUUUUGGCUGGAAUGACUACGGAGUGGAACUCACCCACAUGCUAGACAUGGUGAAGGUCAUGGCCUUCGCUCUACAGGAAGGAAAAGCUGUCCACUGUCACGCUGGUCUUGGACGAACAGGUGUGCUUUUAGCAUGUUUCUUGGCCUAUGCUACCAGGAUGACUGCCAACCAGGCUAUUCUAUAUGUACGUGCUAAACGCCCGUUCAUCCAGACACGAGGUCAGCUGCAUUGUGUCAGAGAGUUUGUUCAAUUCCUUGCACCUUUGCGGAGUGUCUUUUCCUGUGCUGAGCCCCGAUCUAACUCAGUGACUCUAUCCCAGUACCUAAACCGCCAGAGACACAUACUACAUGGCUAUGAAAGAAAGGAGCUAAGGAAUCUACCAAAGAUUGUCCAGCUGGUGUCUAGGCUGCUGCUGGACAUUGCAGAGAAUCGGCAGGUGAUUGAGGAAGACAUUCUGGAGGCCCCAGAUAUUCAUGACUUAGAGAUGACUCUCAGCAUUAUUGAGCAGAUGGGUCCUGAUGUGUUCGCAAAGGAGCCCCGCUUACCAG